AUUACAUCCAGACCCCUGUAGUUUAAACAUUUCUUACAUCCACCCCUAAAAAAGGAUGCUAAUGUAAGAAAUAUACAAAUUACAAGGGUGUGAAAGUAAUUAUUUAUUAAUUAGGGAUUUUAGUAAAUAAACCUUACUUCAGGGGGUGAAAUUGAGUAUUUAGAUAUUGUGAGCAGCACCCACAAAAACCCUGAAUCAAUGUUUCUUUUUAGCAGUGCACGCCAUUUCCCAAUUCCAUUUCUCUUCUUUUCACAAACCAAUUCAAUGGGCCAUCCCACCACCACCACCACCGCCACCACCACCACCACCACCGCUGCUCUGUUAUUCCCACUGGCACUUUAAUCCCUCACGCACAUUACCCAAGUAAUUCCAACAACUAUUCCUCCCUUUUUACAUUUCACAAAAGUAAAACCCCGCCGGAAAAUGCGUUCCGCCGCCGCCGACCCACCUCCGCCGCCGUCCCCCUCCGAAACUCUCCAAAGCAUAACCCAGCUCCUAUCCCAACUUCUCCCCGCCACAGUCGCCGUCACAUGCUUCGCCUCCAGGUGGCAGGUCAUUCGCCUGAAGCUCUCCUCCCUGAAAACCCUCAUCUCCGAAAUCUCCUCCUCCCCACACUGGUCGGAAAACCCUCUCCUCCUCCCCAUCCUCCCCUCCUUGCUCUCCACCCUCCGCCGCACCGAAACCCUCUCCCACCACUGCUGUUCCGACGCUCCCUUCACCCACGGCAAGCUCCUCAUGCAGUCCGACCUCGACAUGGCCGCCGGUUGGCUUUCCAGCCAAAUCAACGACAUUGACCUCCUCCUCCGCUCCGGCGUCCUCCACCAGUCCACCGCCAUUGUUCUCUCCCGCCCCAACCCCACUUCCUCCAUUGACGACCUCGCAUUUUUCGUCAAGGACCUCUUCACCAGGCUCCAGAUCGGCGGCCUGGAUUUCAAGCGUAAGGCGUUGGAUUCUCUAAUCCAGCUCCUCUCCGAGGACGACAAAUCCGCCGCAGUCGUCGCCGAAGAAGGGAAUCUCGGCUGUUUGAUUUCCCUACUCGAUCUGAACGCUCACGAUUCCAUUAUCAGAGAGCUCGCCGUUUUCGCAGUGUCUUUGCUCGUCUCCGCGGGUGAUUUCCCGCGGAAAUGCGUCUUCGAAGAAGGGGCUUUGGGCCCUUUGUUGAGAGUUAUCGAAAUCGAAUGCACUUCAAUGCCUACAAAGGAAAGAGCCGCCAUGGCUGUGGAGUUCAUAACUGCCGAUUCCGAUAAUUCUUGGGCUAUUACUGCAUACGGUGGCGUUCCCAUUCUAAUCGAAUUGUGUAAAUCCAGUUCCUCAACGGCACAAUCGCACGCUGUCGGGGCGAUAAGAAAUGUUCUGACUGUUGAAGAUAUUCAAAUUGCUUUGGCAGAAGAAGGGGCGAUUCCUGUUUUGAUGCAGUUGCUUGUUUCUGAAACCAAUCCUUCGGCUCGGGGAACAGCCGCCAAUUGUAUCUCGAUUCUUGCUUCCACGAGUGAGUAUUUCCGAGGGUUGUUGUUACAUGAAAAGGGCUUGCAGAGAUUGUUGCAUUUGUUUCACGAUGAAUGCUCGGUUUCUUCUGAUACGUUUGAACACGUCUUACGUGCGAUUUAUUCGUUAUCCGUCUCGGAUGCUAGCUAUAGAUUGUUAUCUGGAUCGACCCCGUUUAUAAUACAAAUUGCAAAGCUUUUAAAGCACGGGAAUGUAAUGAUACAACACAUCGCUGCUUCUUUGCUGGCUAAUUUAGCAAUUAGCGAUGGUAAUAAGAGGGCUAUCGCUUUGUGUAUGAGUUCUUUGGUGAAGCUAAUGGAGUCUGUUAAGCCUGAUGGAAUGCAAGAAGUUGGGGCGAAGGCUUUGUUGUCGUUGUUGUCGGUGAAAUCAAAUAGGAAAGAGUUGGUGAAGGAUGAGAAAAGUUUGAUGAGGUUGGUUCAAAUGUUGGAUCCUAAAAACGAGGUUGUCUUGAAGAAGUUUCCGGUGGCGGUGGUGGCGGCAAUAAUGGCUGGUGGGAGCCAGAGCUGCCGGAAGAAGCUUGUGGCGGCAGGUGCUUACGGGCAUGUGCAGAGAUUAGCAGAAAUGGAGGUGGCCGGAGCUAAAAAGGCUUUGCAGAGACUCUCUGCUAAUCGGCUAACUAGUAUAUUAACUAGAACGUGGCGGGAUUAACCGAUUAGAAGGUAAAUCAAUCAUCUUCGGCCAAUGAAAGAUUCUCAAAAUCAUGGAUUAGAGAUUUGCAUGUUCCGGGAAAAGAAACGUCGGUUCUUUGUCUGGAUCUUGAUAGCCAACUUAACUUGGAUACCGAACGAAACUGCAACUGUUGUCUCAUUUAUGCAAGGGAAGAAAGUAGUUGGCCUUAAUCAACAUUAAAUACUUCAGAAGAAAGUAAUAUAGUGUCAGCCAGAAACGUGACCAGUCGCCAUUACGUAAAUUAAUGUCGUAGUACGAGGGGCAGAAACGAACAAAAUUUGCAACUGUUUGGUUUGAUUUUGUUGGAUAACUAGAUGAUGAACAUAAUGAACAUGUCUUCUUUCUUUUUUUUUGUUUUUUUUUUGGUGUGUGCAUGCAGAAGAUCGAUACGAGUAUUCCUAACCGUUGAUAAGGAGCUGACUCAUCCUGCACAAUGAAACGAACACGACGAGAUGUUGUUAUACUGUAGAAGUUAAGUGAUGGUAGUAGUAUACUGUAGUAUAUCGAGAUAAAAAAGAAGAGUGAACUGAGUGUUUCUAAUUUAACUUGACAAUGAUACGGGAUGCGAUUUUUAUCGAGUAUCCUUGUUUCUUUCAUUUUUUUUUCGUGAAGCAGAGUGUGUAUUUUUCCGAUAGUUUUUACCUCUGUAAUUCAUUUGUAACUUUGUUUAUGAAUGUAGAUUUGUGUGUUACUUGCUCCUCUC